ACCUAUCAAAGUUGGACCAGCAGCAAUAUUAGAUUUGUUUCAACUACCAUUCUUUCUCAUACCUCCCAGUCUUCUGUCUUUGUAAUCCUUAAACAAGCCAUCUUUCUCCUUUGUAUUUUCCUUCUCCUAUUAAUACCCAUUUAUUAGUUCUCUCAGUUCACACGCAAUCCAUCCAUAUUUAUUUAUCUACUUUUAAAUUUCUCUUUAGCUUCACCACUGAAUACACCCAAAAAGAAAAAGCCUUCUCUGUCUGUUACUGCUUCUUUUUCUAGUUCUUCAGUGCUGUGUGUUUUCAGUUUUCAAGGUUUCAACACCCAAUGGCCGACUUUGAUCACUCCUCUAGCAAUGAUAUUUCCGUUAAUUCUACAGAGGACAUUAGCCAAGACUCUAAGCUCGACUUCUCAGAGGAUGAGGAAACCCUUAUUACUAGGAUGUUCAAUCUUGUUGGAGAAAGGUGGUCUCUAAUUGCUGGAAGAAUUCCUGGAAGAACAGCCGAGGAAAUUGAGAAGUACUGGACUUCCAGAUAUUCUACAAGCCAAUGAAAUGUCCAAAAAUUAAUCUUCCAAUUGCGUUGUUUCUGUCUUUACUAAAUACCAAAUUAGAGCAGCAAAAUUUUGGCUGGUUUAAGUUGCCAGUAUUUUUCUUUGCCUGCGAACGGAAAAGUGAAGAAUGAAGCUGCUGGUGUAUUGGGUCUAUUUUUAUGCCUUCUUUUUCUUUUCUUUUUUUUUUUUCUUUUUUUUUUUUAAUUUUUGUAAAAUGGUGUUAUUCAUUUUGGUAAUCCUACUGGUGACUAAGGUUUGGUAA